GGGCUUAGCCAACGAGUCCAUAACCAAUGUGCCCAUGGUCCCUUUCCUCUACUUAACUACGAACUUUCUCAGUUUCAACACCUUCAUCAAGCAAUAAAGCAAAACAGAACAAAACAAACGCGGUGAGUGAGUAACUAACUACCACCAUGGGAGUAAGCAACAACAUAACCGCAGUUCUAAACUUCAUAGCAAUAUUAGCCUCAAUACCAAUAAUAUCCUCUGGCAUUUGGUUAGCAUCAAAACCAGACAACGAAUGCAUAACCAAUUUCCGAUGGCCAAUUGUCAUAAUCGGCAUCCUAGUCCUCCUCGUUGCUUUAACUGGUUUUGUCGGUGCUUAUUGGAACAAACAAGGUCUCUUAGCACUUUACCUUUUCACUAUGGCACUUUUAAUCGCUCUUCUUCUUAUAAUCCUCGUUUUCGCCUUCGUUGUUACUCGACCUGAUGGAAGCUACGUUGUUCCUGAUAGAGGAUACAAAGAGUAUAGGUUAGAUAAAUUUUCUUCUUGGUUGAGAAAUCGUGUUACUGGUUCUGGUAGUUGGAGGAAGAUUAGACCGUGUUUGGCUGCUUCUGAUGUUUGUAUUAAGCUUACUCAGAAUUACAUCACUGCUGAUCAAUUUUUCAAUUCUCAUAUCUCUCCAUUACAGUCAGGAUGUUGCAAACCUCCAACUGUUUGUGGUUACAGUUAUGUGAGUCCCAUAAUGUGGACAAACCCUGCGAAUCCCAUGGCGGAUUCAGAUUGCAACUUGUGGAACAAUGAUCAGAACCAGCUAUGCUACAAUUGUAAUGCUUGUAAGGCUGGUCUACUUGGGAACCUAAGAAAAGAAUGGAGGAAAGCAAAUAUUAUUCUCAUUGUGGCUGUGGUUGUUCUUAUAUGGGUCUAUGUCAUUGCUUGUAGUGCCUUCAAGAAUGCUCAAACAGAAGACCUUUUCUCCCGUUACAAACAGGGUUGGGUUUGAAUUUGAGGGCGUGUCCGACACUCACCGGUGUAAGAUAAUCAUACAACACUAACACUUACUGGAUAUAUUCAAUGGCUUUUCCGGUUCAAAAAAAGAGAAGAUAUUCAAGAAUGACUUAUAUUUUCUCAAAUCACUAUUGGUACCGACAUCUACGUGUCAGUGUUGUUAUUGUGUCUAUAUCCUUAUAUGUUUCUGCUUCAUAGCUUGUAACAAUUUUCAACUUUUUAACGUCGGUCUUUUUGUCUUUUGGCUCUCUAUCUUUCACGCUCUUGUUAACUCUGAGUCGACGUUGUCUUAAUGUACAUUAUACAUUUAUACUUCUUUUUAUGUUUUUUGUUUGUUUGUGUGUGUGUGUGUGUAUGGAAUGUGGAUUCACAGAUAUUGUAAGCAAGUUCUCAAGUGGUACGCACUGCACAGAUAGUUUUUCGCAGUAGAAACAAGUUAAUACUUGUCUGUUGCUCUGGGAAAACAGAGAACAUUAUAUUUAUAUUCCUAAUAAUGAAGACUUUCCUUAGAGCA